AUGUCGGACCACGACUGCAGCACCGUUACCUAUGGCUAUGUUGACCCUAACUGGCCUCGACCGGAUACCGGUGACUCCGCCUGCAUCAUCAUAUACGGAUAUGUCCCCUCGCUGGCACUGGGUACUCUGGGCGUCGUCCUCUUCGGCGUCGCCCUGCUUGCGCACUUAUGGCUCCUCAUCCGCCGUCGGACAUGGUAUUUCAGCACCGUUGUCGUCGGUCUGGUCAUGGAGAUCGUCGGCUAUGCCUUUCGAUUGCUCGCCUCGCAAAGGAACCCCUAUGCGGUGUCGUAUUUUGUGGCCCAAUAUUUCUGCAUCGUGGUUGCGCCAGUGUUCUUCUCCGCCGCCAUAUACACCAUCGUUUCGGUCAUGAUCGGCGUGGUGGGCAGGAAGUACGCGCCGCUCUCACCGAGGGUCAUACUCUGGGUGUUCAUCGUCUGUGAUGUCGUGGCCACGGUGGUGCAGAUCACCGGUGCAGCCUUGGUGGGGAGGGCCUAUUCCGACCAGAAAGAUCCGGACACGCCGAACAACGUCCUUCUCGCAGGUUUGGCAUUUCAGGUCUUUUCGUUCGCCGUCUUUGUCCUUUGUUUCUGCGUCUUGGUGUACCGGGCCAGGAAGGCUAUGGGGACGGAUUUGCAGGUCUUUUCGGCUGCGGUCAUGGUGGCUACUGUCGCGGUAUACCUGCGGACGUGUUUUCGGCUGGCCGAGACUGCCGAAGGACUCCUGGAGUAUUUGUCCACGCAUGAGGUGUUCUUUGGGUGUCUCGAGUUCUUGCCUAUAGUGGUAGCUGUGUACGUCCUCGUGUGGUGGCAUCCAGCGAGGUGGGUCAAAAAGGGGUGA